AUGCCAUUCACGAAGGAUGGAUACCCUGCUGAGAAACUUAUACCUCUGAAAGGUGAUCCUGCUCAAGCCAAUGUCAUCCGCGAACUUGGCAUCGAUGUUGUUACGUGUGCAAACAAUCACGGUAUGGAUUUUGGCUUCGAAGGGCUGCGGAUGACUUCCCAGGCCCUUGACACCGUUGGUGUUGCCCACGUUGGCAGUGGAGAGAACGUUUUCGAAGCCUUUGCGCCUGUCGUUAAAACACUGAAUGGUGUGAAAGUGGCAUACAUUGGGGUUACGACCACACUACCGAACGGCGCCGGGGCGGGAAGAUCACGACCUGGACUUGCGGGCGUACGGUUCUUCAGCAAAUUCGUCGUCGACACGGUCACAAUCGAUGAGUCUCCGGGCAUGGCGCCGCAGAUGUUGUACUGGUGGCGAUCCACUGGGGGGGUUCCCUACGGAUGGGUCCAAAACAGUCAAGACGAGAUUGCAACCUAUCAACGGCCUUUGGCUUAUGCUAUGAUCGAUGCAGGCGCAUCUGCGAUAUUUGGGCACCAUCCGCAUGUUGUGCAGGGCGUGGGAUUUUACAAGGGCUCUCCCAUUUUUUAUUCACUGGGAAACUUCAUCUUUAGCAACAGCAUCGUUACUCCCUCCGAUGGGUGGCGGAAGUACCCCCCAUAUAGCUGGAGCAGUCUGCAACAGACUUUGUCCGAUAUCGGGGCUCUUGCCAAAGUUUCCUGGGCAGGAGGAAAGCUGGCGAGCUGCUCUGUCGUUCCGGUAACCCUUGCUGAAGAUGGUGAACCUCUUGAGGCUACGAGCGAAGAUGCUGAGGUGCUAUUAUCCCGAUUGGGCACGCUUUCGAAGGCUUGUGGAAUGGAAUUUGGCCCGAGGAAGCAAGCAAGAGGUUACGAGAUCCUCAUCUCCGAAAAUCUAGAGUGUUAG